AUCCUCAAGAACCUGAAGCCUGCGAUCCUGGUGGCCGUCCUGUCCGUCUCUCUGUCUGUGGGUCUAGGCAUUGCAAGCGGAUCCUCGCCUACGGCAGGGCUGCGAACUGCGGUAUGGGGAGGAAUCAUCUGCGGAAUCUUCUCCUCCUCCCCCUACAACAUCGUCGGUCCGGCAGGCGCGCUGUCGGGGCAGCUGUCCAAGUACGCAGCUCAGUACGGGAGCGAGGUGCUGCCAUGGAUUGCGAUCGGGAGCGGCCUGCUCUGCGCAGUGAUGCUGAGGUUGGGGAUGCAGAAGUACAUGCUGUUCAUGCCGAAGAGCGUGUUUGAGGGGUUCACCGUGGCCGUGGCGCUUGUGAUAGGCCUCAAGCAGGUCAACUAUGCGCUUGGACUGACCGGGCUGGAGAAGCACGAGCACUUCGUGGACAGCCUUUGGGAGUCGAUCACUCACCUGGACAGAGCAGAGUGGGGCUCGAUGGUGGUGUUCUUCCCCCAGGUGAUCGCGCUCUACACGCUCACCAAGUUCUACCCCAAGAUCCCAUGGAUGGUUAUCAUACCGUUAUCGACCAUCUUGCUGGGGUUCGCAGUAGAGCAGGGAGGAUGGUGGGACCUCCCGAUGCUCAAGACUGAGUUCGGAAAGCUCCCCAACGACAUCAUCUCUCUCCCGCAGCUUGGUGCUCUGCCGACCAUCGGACAGAACUUCAUCGGUUUCGUCUCUGCAUGCGGCUCCGUGUGCCUCGUGUCUGUGCUGGAGACUCUGAUCAGCGCCAAGAUCGCCGACAUCCGAGCUGAGCAGAACGAGCUGGGAAACUUUGACGAGGCCAAGGAGCUGGGAGCGCUGUCCCUCGCCCAGCUCGUGUGCGGGGCGUUCGCCGGCCUCCCCCCCACUGGAGUCUUCGUGCGAGCAAGCGUGAACCAGCUCAACGGGUCCACCCACAAGAUCUCGCAAUUCAUGAAUGCUAUCAUCGUGAUGAUCAUCACCGUGGCUACCAUGCCUGCCUUCUCUUACCUCCCCCUGGCCUCCGUGGCCGCCCUGCUGGUAGUGAGCGCGGUUAGGAUGGUUCCAUUCCACUUCUUGCACGAGCUCUGGCUGCACGACAAGAAGCAUCUCUUUAUCUGCAUCUUCACUGCUGUGGUUGGCUUCAUCUCAGAUCCUGUGGAGGGGCUGCUGGCAGGGACCCUGCUUGCCUUCCUU